AUGCUUUCCCGGACGGCUUUCGCGGCUUUCCGCCCGCUAUCGCGGCCGACGUCGAUGCCAGUGCGCCCUAUUGCCUCGGCCAUUCCACUUCCUUCGCUUCUCCAUGCUCGCUUUCUCUCCUCAGAAACCAAGGCCGCAAUUGACAAAGCCGUUUCUUCAGCUCCAGUGGUGCUCUUCAUGAAGGGUACUCCCGAAACCCCUCAAUGUGGGUUUUCACGAGCAAGUAUUCAGAUCCUGGGACUACAGGGUGUAGAUCCCAAGAAAUUCGUAGCCUUCAACGUCCUCGAGGAUGCAGAGCUACGUCAAGGCGUGAAAGAAUACUCUGACUGGCCCACUAUUCCUCAGCUGUAUCUAGACAAGGAGUUUGUUGGAGGGUGCGACAUCCUGAUGUCCAUGCAUCAAAAUGGAGAGCUAGCCAAACUCCUUGAAGCGAAGAACGUUUUGGUGGCAGCUGAUCAGUAA